AUGUUUCCAAACCAUCUGUACAGCCCCAAGCUUUCACCAUGGCUGGAGAAGCAUGGCCCCGACGGCACACGGGACGUCUGCAUUGAGGGCGUGGAUUCAGAUGGCCAACCGACCACCUUCAACUUCACGCUGCAUGAAGAUCGGCUGGACGACUAUCCUGGCCCCGGGCACAACGAUGCAUGCCUGGACAUCUGCACCGAGUUUGCGGAGCUCAUAGUGGCCAACCUGCUGGAUCGGUUGGGGGACCUUGACAAGCUGUCGGGUGUGCGCAUGUUCACUCCCGAUAGCUGGCCGCACGACAGGCAUGAACGCCUCGCAAAGUGUCAGGAGUGGCUGGAGUCGCUGAUCACUCUCUUUCGGGCGGAUGAAAGCGAAGAAAUCGUGCCUGGCUACUCCACUAGCGCAUGCCUCACUCCUCCUUCCUUACCCAUCUCCUUUGCUGUCCUCACCCCACCUUCUUCUUGCCCUUAUCUUGCUUGUUCUCCUGUUCGGACCCUUAUCUUCUUGCCCUUAUCUUGCUUCUUGCCCUUAUCUGUCUCUUGA